GACUUUGUCAUAUGAUUUUAGAUUAAGUAACUUUUUUCUCAGCAAUACUUGCGACACACUACUCGAAGGUUUUCAUUAAAAAUUUCGCUAGUUACCGAUUUUACAAAUUCGUGUACAUUUUUCAGAACAAUCAUGUUCUCGUUUAACUCAUUGCAAAAAUUAAACGCCAAUGGAUUGGUCAGUCGAUUCGUUCGGCGCAAUAUAUCAUCUUCGUCGGUAUUGAUGAAUAAUGUAUCAGAUCCAAUUCAACAGCUGUUCUUAAACAAAAUUCGUGAAUACAAACAGACAUUUGGCUCCAAGGCGUUUGAUCCUUCAAUUGAUAAAGGUUACAAGGCUGAUAUAGAAAAGAUCAGUAAACAGUAUAACAUUGGUCCAAAUGAAGAUCCAACCAAAUUCCCAACAAUUAAAUUUGAUGAAGUUAAAGUCGAUCCUCAAGUUUGAAGAACAUUACAUUUUGUGUUUUUAUACUAACCUAAGUAGUGAUGUAUUUAUAAUAAAAUAGGAUUAAGAAAUGA